GGUUGACCCCAAAAACUUAAACUCCUGCACCUUCUUGACCUUCUUCUACUGUUCUACUUCCCUCCCUCUCGUUCAUACAUAUGUAUUCUGUCUUACUAUGACUGAUUUUCAUUCCUCAUCUAUCCAAAGCAAAUUCCUCCACCUGCUCUCUACUCUCACUACAGAUCACAAUGGAGCUUCCUGUCUGAGUUCAUCUAUCAACCUGUCCUUCACCAUAGCAAACAAGAAGUGCAUCAAAGCCGAUCCUUGCUGUAGCCCCACCUCUAUCUUGAACUCUUGAGAUAUAAACUACAGUUAGAACUGGACAGAGCUUCACAAUCACUGAGAAAUAAAGACAAGGAAACCUCAGAACUGGAGAAUCAACAGAAAUCUGAGUUAGCAGAAAAAAACCAACAGCUUGAAGAGAAAGAGAGACUUCUAACUGAGAGAGAGACACAGCUAAUGGAAAGAAACAAAGAGCUUCAGGAGAAGGACAAGACACUGGAAGAGAAUGAGACACAGCUCAAACAGACAAGAGCUGAACUGGACAAAACAAUUAAAGCGUUAGAAGACAUGGAGGAGAAAAACACAAAACUAGAGAAUCUGAACAAACUGCUGAAGGAGAAAGUCAGACCUCUGGAGGAGAAAACAAAGCAGCUGCAGGAACAGACAGAUCCAGAAUCAUCAGCUUCCAUCAGGAGAAGAAACAGCAAGGAAGAUUUACCUCCAAGAAUGAGUGAAGAGACUCAGGACUCAGCAGCACCAAUCAGGAGAAGGAACAGUUUGGGGGGAGGACGUCCAAACUUGGGUGGAGAAUCGUCUAGUCCACAUUCUCCUGCAUCGGUUCCUGUAGCAGAACUGAGGCUGGUGCUGCUGGGGAGGACGGGGUCUGGGAAGAGUGUAACAGGAAACACCAUCCUGGGCAGAGAGGAGAGGAACCAGGCUGCUACGUCUACAGCUACAUCUACAGCCACCCAGCAGAGUGAGAGCACACAGAGGGAGGUGGCUGGGAGGAAGGUGACUGUGGUGGACACGCCUGACUGGUUCUCUCCUGAACUCUCUCUGGAGAAGCUGAGACAGGACGUGGGACUCUGUGUCCGUCUGUCUGCUCCAGGACACCACGCCUUCCUCCUGGUCAUACCUCUAAAGCAGCCUACAGGAGAGGAAAGAGGGAUGCUGGAGAAAAUGGAGGAGAUCUUUGGAGAGACCUGCUGGAGAAACACAAUGAUCAUAUUCAGUGUUACUGAUGAAUGUGAGAAGAAGAACAUUGAGGACUUUAUCCAAUCAGGAGACCAGGAGGUCCAGAGACUUGUAGAGAAAUGUGGGAACAGGUUUCACUGUCUCAACAUUAAUGAGAGUGGAGAUGGUUCUCAGGUCUCAGAGCUGUUGGAGAAGAUAGAGAAGAUGGUGGAAGGAAGCAGAGAGAAAUUCUACAGCAGUGACAUCUAUCUGGAGAUAGAAUCUCUCAUUACAGCAAUGAAGAUCAUCCUGCCUGAAUUUUUAGUCUUAAAAACAAAGAUGCAGGAAGAUUUCAGCAGACAGAUGGAGGAGAAGUACAGAGAGAUGGAGACUCUUCAACAGAAACUUUUUGUGGUCACAGAAAAUCUCAGUCUGUGGAAACAAGUAUACAUUUCAGCUGUGCUGGAGUUAACAAAAGCAGAACAGGAAUAAAUUUAGUGAACACGAUAAAGAAUGUGUUGCCUAACAGACUGAGAGAGUCGAGGAGGACAUAAACACUUUACUUGAAAGCUGAAGGUACAUUUUAUGGGUUUGAUGAUACACUGGUUUGACACCUUCAGGACAAAACCUGUGGAAAAUAUAUUUCAUUGUUUAUGUACAUUGUUUUAUUCACCUUUAAACAACACUAUUAACCAUUUUAUACCACACUGCUGCUCAAUGAGGUUCGUAUUUGUAACAUUAAAUUGAAGGAGUUCAGAAAGAUCAGAGCUCACGACAGUUCACUGUAUAAUCAGUGUAACAAAUACAGUGCACCCUUUAAACCUCAUGAAGAUCAUCCUGCCUGAACUCCAGAGAAACAUGUUGUCCUCAAAAACAAAGGGUUCAGCAGACAGAUAGAGGAGAAGAACAGAGAAACUUUCAGAGCUCAGAGAACAUCUCAGACUGAGUGACUAUUUUGCUGCUUUAGUGAAAAAUCACACAUCGUGACAGAAUUCUUUUAUUGUGACUUGAAAUCAGCGGUCUUAUAUUUUAUAAUGUGAAAAUCAACUAGAGGACAAUUUUGUGCAAUUGUAAACAAAGACAGUCUUAAUAAAGGUCUGGCAUUGUGAGACAUUUUCUCUUGACAUGUCAGAGUGUGUGCUGCUAUGAUGUUCAUCUAAAACUCACCAACAACAGGAGGGUUUCAGAUUAUACCACAUGUGACAUGUAAACUGGUACUGAAAUAGCAGAACUCCAGUUCAGACGCUUUCUCUGUGAUGUGACUGCUUUAUUUUCUAUUUAUCAGCAUCAAGACAGAGAAAAGAGACUGAUGAAGGAAUCACAUAUCUAUAGAUGUUAUUAUUCCUGUUAUAACUGAUAACUCAGAUGUUCCACAAUAUUUACAUGUUAAACUAAAUGGGAAAAGUAACGUGUCAUUAUUUAAUAAACUCUAAGAAUGUUUGUAGUAAGUAAAUAAUCUAUUUCCAUGUGGGAACAGUAACCUAAUCAUUAAUCAUCUUCCUCUAACUGAACACCUCCAAGUGUUUUAUUCUGUAAUGGUGUUAGUUAGGGGAGUCUAUAAUGAUAGAAACACAGGAACUGAAACCAUGUAGUGACACUUUUCCAGUGUUUAAUAAUGUUUUAGUGUCACUGUUACUUCACUAAGCUCUUUUCUCCUUGUGUCUGGUUCUGCUUCUUAAUUCAUGCCUCAUUUCUGUAACAGAAACACAAACAGCUGAAUGAGUGACACAUUUCUACAUAAUCUGGGUGUGUAAUAAAAUUGAAUGUAUAUUUACUGAAAUGUUUAUGGAAUGUUUUGCAUGUAGAAAUGUACAAUAACUAUAAUAAAGAGGUCAACAACA